GACUGAAAAUAUUUCAUUGGGUGCCCGGGCUCUCUCUCUCUCUCUCCUUUCUCUCUCUCCCUCUCUCGGGCUGCCGAUAUUCCAACCCCUUUAACCACACGCGGGGCCAGAUGGGCUUGGUUGUGUAUAUAUAUUACCGAUGCUGACGUUGGGAUAGGAAAACACAACAGGCGACGAUUGUGACGGCUAUUGUAUUUAGCUGUCUCUCCCUCUUCUCAUGCGAGACGCGCUUUUCCAUCACUGAGGUGUCCUCGUGAUACAGUGUUGCCAUUUUUGUACGUAUCUGAUAGAAUAGGUGUGCAUUUCGCUCUGUUCGUCGUUUUGGUUUUGUCGUUGUCAAUCCGAGACGCACGCGCGACGGACGGACGGACGUCACCUCGUGGUGGUGCCCUGCACCCCCACCUCUCUCUCCCGGCCUCUCAACCUGCUGAUGCGGUAGAUGCAUUUUCUGCCCAGUUCGCGUCUUAGAAAGGGACUUGGAAGCCUCUGUGCUCUGACUGCCAAGCAGAAGGUGCGAGCGAGGGGGAGCAGCAAAGGGGAAAGAGAGAGAGAGAGAGAUAGGAAGACCAGCAAUAUGCAGCUGAAGCUGCGUGUUGCGAGGAAAUGUUUCCAGCGCUCUUGAUUCCUGCUCACGAAACGGAAUAGAGGAUCCCCACUCCACCAUCCGGAGCUGCGAACUGAAUACCGCCCCCAACGCACCCCACCAGCCAGCCCGCACCAAAAAGUGCUCCCCCCCCCCCACUCACGUGGGGCAUGCUGCUUGCACCGUGGGCGUUGUUCGGGCUGCCGCCCUCCCGGCAGAAAACGUCGGGCUGCCGGACGGCGCAGGCACGGGGGCCAGCCCCACGACGUUCUCGACGCGCUGCCGGUUCUCCCCCCUCGAAUGCCGCCGAAGAGCUGCCGAGCAGAACGAAUUCGUGUCGGUCGUCCGACACGGCGGGUCCAUUUAGACGGAGAAGUCGUUGAAAAGCGUUCCGUUGCCGAGCGCUAAACACGCAACGCUCAACGCGGCCAGCCACCUCGCAUUCUCCCGGCCCCCCCCCCCCCCCAUUGAAACCAUGACGGCUUCGGCACCCAACGCGGUCUCGCGCGCGCACGUCGUGCUGGCGCUGGCGGCGGCGGCGGCGGCGCUGCGUGCCGAGGAGUGCCCGCGCGCCUGCGCCUGUGAGCCGCGGCCCUGGUUCACGCCGCGCUCCGCGUGCCGCGAGGCGCUGACGGUCGACUGCAACGACGCGCGCCUCCUCCGCGCUCCCCGCGGCCUCCCCGCGGCGACCCAGGUCCUGCUGCUGCAGAGCAACGGGCUCGCGUCGCUGGGCGCCGAGCUGCGCCCGCUGCUCGACCUCAGCGAGCUCGACCUCUCGCAGAACGAGCUGGGGAGCGUGCGCGACGCGGGCCUCGCCAACCACAGCCGCCUGGUGUCGCUCCACCUCGAGGAGAACGCCCUGACGGAGCUGGCGGACGGCUGCCUGCGCGAGCUCGCCGGCCUGCAGGAGCUCUACGUCAACCACAACCGCAUCGGCGGCAUAGCGCCCGGAGCGUUCGCCGGCCUCGCCAACCUCAUGCGCCUCCACCUCAACGCCAACGAGCUGCGCUUCGUCGACAGCAGGUGGUUCGAGGCGACGCCCAACCUGGAGAUACUGAUGAUCGGGGAAAACCCGGUCGCCGGCCUCAGCGACAUGAACUUCAUGCCCCUGUCGAGGCUGCUGAGCCUCGUUCUGGCCGGCAUGGGGCUGCAGUCGAUACCCGAGAACGCACUGAUGGGCCUCGACAACCUGGAGAGCUUGUCCUUUUAUAACAACAGCCUGGCCUGGGUGCCCAGCCGGGCGCUGCAGAAGGUGCCCAACCUCAAAUUCCUGGACCUCAACAAGAACCCGAUCCAGGUGAUCCGCGCGGGCGACUUUAAGGACAUGUCGCACAUAAAGGAGCUGUGCAUCAACAGCAUGCUGGAGCUCGUGUCCAUCGACGGCGGCGCUUUCGAGAACCUGCCGGAGCUCGCGCGCCUGGAGGUGACCAACAACCCGCGGCUGUCGUUCGUCCACCCGGAGGCGUUCGGCGCGCUGCCCGCCCUCGAGACGCUCAUGCUCAACGACAACGGCCUGAGCGCGCUGCACCGGCGCGCUCUCGAGCGGCUGCGCGGCCUGCGCGAGGUGGGCCUGCACGGCAACCCGCUGCGCUGCGACUGCAUCACGCGCUGGAUGAGCGGCGAGCGACCCCCGGCGCGCUUCGUCGAGCCGUGGGGGAUGCGCUGCGCCUCGCCCGCCGAGCACGCGGGGCGCCGCGUGCGCGACGUGGGCCCCACCGAGUUCGCCGACAGCUGCCUGCCGGCCAUCCCCGGCGGCGUCCUCCCCGCCGACGUGCUCGUGGGCGCCGGCUCCGCCGUGGCGCUCCACUGCCGCGCGCUCGCGGAGCCCGAGGCGUCGGUCUACUGGGUGACGCCGGGCGGCGAGCGAGUGGCGAGGGAGGACGACGAGGACGGCGGGGGCGGUGGCGGCAGCGGCGGCGCGUGGAGGCGCUACCGGCUUUCCGACGAGGGCACCCUCGAGAUCCUGGACGCGCGCUUCGAGGAGGCCGGGCUCUACACGUGCGUGGCGCGCAACUCGGAGGGCCUCGACACCAAGGCCGUCGUGGUGAAGGUGGACGGCUCGCGCCCCGCCCAGGCGAGCGGCGGCGGGGAUUUGACGCUGGACGUGACGGCGGUGGGGUCGCGCUCGGCCCGGCUGACGUGGAGAGCAGGCCACGGCGUCGCGGGGUCGUCCUGCGACCUCCGCUGGUGGUCGGCGCCGCCGCCGUCGCCGCCUCGGCCGAGUUCCUCCGCGAGGCCGGCAGGAGCCCGCGUGUCGUUCUCCGCGCGGGUCCCCGUCGGCGUUCGCGAGUACAACCUCACGCAGCUGUGGCCCGCCACGGCGUACGAGGCGUGCCUGUCCGCGCUGGGCGCUCACCGCCAAACGCUGCGUCGCUGCGUGAACCUGACGACGGCGCCGGCCGAGGAUCCGGCGGCCAAAGCGCCCGCUCCGGUCGAGCGGCACCGGGCGCUCGCUCUCGCCGUGGGCGGUGCGCUGGCGUCCAUGUGCCUGCUGGGCCUGUUGACGUGCGGCGCUCUGAAGGCGAGGAAGACGCACGCCGAGAGGCGCAUGGACGUGAAGGCGUGGCCCAGCGUUCACCGCCGCCUGAGAGAGCCGAGGCCCACCCCGCUCUGGGACACGCGGCUGCCGCUCAUGGACGCCGAGUGCGGCGACGGGGAGAGCGAGAGGCGGCGUUCGCCCGAGGACGCCGCCGUCUCUGUGGACACGUCGAGGAGCCACAGCUGGCUGCAGCGGAGCUGAAAUGGCGACCCGCGCGAUGCAAGGGAGCCACGAAGCACAGUCAGACGGGAGGUCGCGCUCGCUUAGGUGUGCGUAAAGUAGCCCGUCGUGGAGAGAAUGACAGGACGCUGAUUUGCGGACGACUUUCAAGGGCUGCUGAGAGUGAGAGGUUUUUGUUUUUUCUCCACCCCCACGCCACCCCGCGUGCUUUUGAAGUGGUCGUGGAAUGGAACCAUCGAUGGUUUUGUUGUUGCUGUUGCUGCCUGGAUUAACGACAUUAAUCCAUCCACGGUGGUCAAAAAGGCCGUGCCUGCGCGCUGACUGCGCCAGGAAUUCAAAAACAAAACCCCACUAUGAGAUGAAUAACAACAACAACAACAGAAUAUUGCACAUCGUCACAAAGCGCUCCGCUACAUACAGAGUGCUUAAAAAAAUGUUAAUACUCAUAUGGGACUAUCGUUUUUCAUGGAAAAGAAAGGAUAAUACACUGUAACGUGAUAACAAAUGUAUGUUAAUAGCUCCGAAAAGUCAAAGAGUCUCCACUUG